UUACUGUUCAUUGUAGUGUUAUUUUCAGUUUGUUUAUUUUGUCCACCCUCCAAGAUAAGAAGUGCAAGAGACAUAGUUUCUGUAAUAUCCACUGCUGUAAAAACACUGAAGACUACUUGUUUGCCAAAACCAAAGCCAAACCAAAAGAACUGAAAAAAAACAUACCAAAAAGUUACCCAGUUGAAUAGGAAACCUGCCCACUGUGGUAUUCCAGAUCAAGAUUCACAGAACAGGAUCCCUGCUAGCUGUGUGUUUCAUUGCUUUCUCUGCUGCCUGGAAAUGGACUGAAAAACUCCUAAAGGAUUUCUUAUUCCAUGAAAGGAAACAUUCAGGGAAGAAAGAAAAAAAGGAGAGCUGUCUUUGCUGUUGCACAGACUUUAGCCAUGGACCUGCGUGAACAACUGGAGAAUACUGAGAGGAACUGGAAUAAAGAAAAAAUGGAACUGCUGGAGAGAUUUGACAAUGAAAGGAAAGAAUGGGAAUGUCAAUGGAAGGUCAUGCAGAAGAAAAUAGAAGAGCUUUACCAGGAAGUAAAACUUAGAAGGGAAAGCAAUAUGACCAUCCAUGAUAGCAAGGCCAUUCAGAGCAAGAUGCUGCAACUGUCCAUGCAUUGUCCUACUUUGCAAGAGAGUGACACAGCAGAGCUGAACCAUCAACACAAUGUGGCAAACGACAGAAUGGAGAAAGGGAGUCUGCUUGGUGUAACAGGACACGAAAGGAAGGAGCCCAGAAACAAGAGCAGAAACAAUAUUCUGUUAAUGGACAAUCUGGCCUUUGAGAACCAUGAAGAACCUGAAGACAGCCUCACCAUUAAAACUUCUGAGCAAAAUACCAGGAAUUAUAUUGGUGAUCUCAAUGUAGCUCUUAAAGAACUUGCCAGAGUCAGUGAAGAAUUAUGCAGCUAUCAAGAGGAAAUUCGAAAGAAGUCUAAUCACAGAAGAAUGAAGUCACUUCCUUUCCUGGGGGAAUUUAAGGAAACCCAAAACACAGUUAUCCUGCCUGAGAUGAACCAUGUGUCCAGCAAUGAUUCACAGACUUCAGUUGCUUUUGAAACAGAGCAACAUAAUAAUAGGAAGAAUCUGAUGAGCUCCACCAAGGCUUUGAAGGACAUUUCUUAUGGUAGUCUUACUGGUGACAUAGGAACAGAUUUCAGACCUUGGCAAAAGAAAGAAGCUCCACCAGUUCCUCCACGGAGCACUUCUCGGCACCUAACAAACUCACUUUCUGCAGUCAUACAGCUUUCAGAAGCACCCAUAAGAGAUCCAGGCAUCAAAAGCAACUGCAAGGCUCAGGAUUGUUGGAAUGGGGGGAAACUGAGGAAUCCUUCACCUGCAAACAAAAAUAAAUCUGCAGUAGCCUGUGCAAAUGAAGGGCAGGCUGUGAAAGUUCCUGUGAUGGUAACUGCUUCAAUACCUGUAACCAAAAAUGAGUGCAAUGUUCCAACAAACUUCUGCCACAACACAUGGGCAUAUGAUAUGGGCAAGCUUGGAAAGGACAAUAAAAAUGAGCCUUCCCCACUGUCAGCCCAAAAGAGUUGUUCAGAUGGAAAUAUGGCCCAAAGCAACAAGAUGCAUCAGAAACAAAACACCAAGUCUCACAGCAGCCCUUUUUACAGCAAUGACUUUUAUGCCCCUGCUACCUCGCACAAUGAUCUUUUGGAAGACACCAGGUAUCCUUUGGGAAAGACCCAAAGAAAUGAAACGCUAGCAGCAAAGAUUGAUGAGUUUAAUCGGACUGUAUUUCACACAGAUAAACGUAACAAUGCUCUGCAGGAAAAUCAGGUGCCUCCAACAGCCUCAGAAGAUCACAAACCGUGUGGUCCGCCAUGUGACUCUGCUGCUAGCAGGGCAGAAACUGUAAAUACGCCUUGUGUUUCAAAUCCCAAGCUCUCUGCAGCAAAGGAGCAAGAAACUAACAACCCCAGCAAAGCUGUCAGGACAGCAGGGCAGCAAAAACACAUGAAUGGACUUCCAAAUACCAGUGGUUAUAGGCACAUGCUUCUCGAGCAUGACUGGAGACCAAGUAACUUAUCUGGCCGCCCGCGCUCAGCUGACUCAAGGUCCAACUAUGGUGUUGUUGAAAAGCUUUUGAAAACCUAUGAAAAAUCAACUGUGACUUCUCCGUGUAAUGCAAAAUGCUGCAAAGAUAAGAGGACACAGGCAAAUUCUGAAUUCACCAAUGGGGGUUGCGAGACACUGAGUCAGUAUUUAGAAAUGCUCCAGAUUGAGCAAGAAAAACAAGACUUUCCGAGGAAUUCAGCCAGGCAUAUUGGGCAGCAACUCAAGCAAGGAAAAGAGAGACAGAAGUUACCAGAGAUAUGUGUGCCAGUGAAAUGUUCCAGUGAGAAGGGCUUCUCCCGUCCCGCUCGGCCAGCAAAUCGACGCCUGCCUUCCAGAUGGGCAUCCAGAUCCCCAUCAGCACCGCCUGCUGUGAGAAGAACAGUGUACAACUCUGUCUCCUUUCGGUCAGAGACCUCAGUAGUCUGAACCCAGAGCUGGGUUGGAUAGUGUUGUGAAAGCUCUAUGCCUCACUAUGACUGUGUUUGGUAUGUGUCAUAGCAACCAGUUCCACACUGUUGUGUUUUGUCCAAGAGUGACCCCCACCACAUGCUGGACAAAGCAUUCUGAAUCUUAGGUCAUCAUCACCAUGGUCUUCAGUGUUUUUAUUGAGAUGAAAUAGAGAUAUCCCUGGUUUUCUCUGGGUUUUGGGUUUUUUUUUUUUAAUAGUUCACAAGGAAUUUCUUUUGAACGGCAUCUUUCUGAAUUUGUUGAUCAAUUUUGAGUUGAAACAAUGUAUAGUGCUGUAUAUUCUGACUUUUCUGCAAACAGCAGAACGUAAAGCUGUAUGCAUGAUCAUGUGUUUGUAGGUGCAUGUGUUGGACUAGGAAGUAUACUGGCCUGUAUUUAGAAGAGACAAACUGUGCUAGUGUUGACAUUGAAAUUACAACCUAUAUGCCUACAUAUAUAUAUAUAAAUAUACUUUGUGUUUAUUUUAAAAAGUUUGAAAUAUACAGUCCCAAUGACAUUUAUAUUUUGUAUAUCUUUUACAUAGGUUCACAGGUGUAGUAUUUAAUGUAAAAAAACUAAAUAUGCAUUUUUUGUGACUGAUCGCAGUGAUAAUGCCUUGCACAAUAUGUAUCUGAAGCAGACUAGCUUGACUGAUUUGUCAGUCACGCUUCAUGGCAUCCUCGUUCAGUUUCCUAACUCUAAUGCUAGGUCAAAAUUCCUAAACAUAUUUUUUCUGAAUUAAAAUAUUAUAUGAUUUGUAAUACAUUAGCCUUUUUCAGCACCAGAGACAUUUCUGAAAUGUUCCAAACCCUUUACAAAGCUUAUAUGUGCCAUUAUAUAUAUAGCAUACUGUAAACACUUUGGUAGAUUCAGCUACUCUAACAUAAAAUUUAUGAAGGGAAGAAAAGAGUUGUAUAUGCUCAAUUCUGUAAAGCUUAUUUUUCCUUCUAGCAUUAUACUUUGAGGUUUGGCAAAGUCAGAUAACAAUGGACUUGUUUACUUUCACUCAAGGCAGGAGAACAAGCACCACUGCUCCCAGUGCUGCAGCCACACUCCUUUUUUACUCUUCUCCUAGACUAGAGUGCCUGAGCCACUUGCCAAUUCCCUGCUCCUGGACUGACUCGUGGCAGUCACUUAUGAAGUUUACUUGCACUCUGGCAACAAGCUGCAUCUAGUAGGGAAAUAUUGCAUCGAGAUAUGAUCAAUGAUGCCCGAAAUCCUGACACAUGGCAUUGCGACUCUGGUGUUGCCACCACUUGACUUGGUAUUAUUUGCCAUCUGAAUGACAUGUACAGAGAGCCUGGCUUGUUCCUUCUCACAGAGCGAAAGAAGUAUGGAUGCUGUCCAGGCUCUGAACUUUCAGAAAGACAAUGUCCUUCUUCAUCCUGGAAUUUUUGCACCUUUCGUUAGGCUGUUGCUGGGUACACAGUGCAGUAAUGAUGAUAAAUGUUACCUUUAAACAGUAUGUCUAGGUCAGAAGGUGUAAAAAGGCACUUCUUCAACAUCAGCCUGAUCUUGUCUGGCAACUUUCCUUCUUCUUCUGGAGAAACAUAGUGUGUUCAAAGGAAUUUCAAAAAUCAUCCCAGGAUCCAUUAAUGUGCACAUCUUCUUAUGUGAAUGUAAAAAGGAUUUCAGAGAGAGUAUAGGCUUUUGUCCUAGUGAAUUGUAUAUGUGGCAAUAUAGGGAAAAUUUAAUGUGCUUAAUUUGUAGUGAUCUGUUGUUCUAUUCCAGUCAUGUUGAGAAUUCACACUUUUUUCCUUCCUUUAAGGACCUUAUUCUUCUUUCCUCUGCACGACUUUGUUUUUGAAGAGAGAGAAAACAGGAGGCCCUGUGUUCUGAGCAAUAGCCUGUGUGGUAGUAUUGGUAACAGUUCAGGCUUGCGAAUAUUGGAGUGAGCAGGCAUUAGAGCCAUAAAUCCCAGUUUAUUGUGCCAUUGUGGCUGUCUGCUUGGCUAAAAAUACACUCACAAUAAUUUGCUCUAUCCAAACUUCUGGUCCUUUUAAUGUCUAUUGCACAAUUCAUGAAGAUUUCAAGCAAAUCAACAAUUCAUCAAAACUUACUCAGACAUCAUUGCAAAGUUAUUGCUGGAAAAGAUACAAGGACAGAAAAUCUUGAAGAAAAUUCAUACAGUUUGGUUAGAGACAAAAAUCUGUGUGCUCAAGUGAAAAAUCAAGGGUUCUAUAAAUUUGACUGUUUGCCCUAAUUUAGAAAUUGCACUCCAUUAGCUUCCUCAGCACUAGCAAAAUUAGACAUGAUUCAUGGUAAAUUUGGAACAUGGUUUAAUAUUCUAUCUAACUGUGGAAAUUAACAAACCAAAAUACCUUGCAAAUUGACCUUUUAAAUGCCUAAGCAGCUGACCAGCUUUGAAUGCCUAAUGCUGGGGAAAGGGUAACAUGAGAGAAUUGUAAAAAAAUGUGGUUCUUAACUUCAGUCACUGUUGACUGCAAAAACACUUGUUUAAAUUACCUUUAUGGUGAAGUUAAGCAGUUUUGUUCUGAGAAAUUGUGAUGCACUUUUGUUUGAAGUAUGUAACUCCAAAAGCAUUUCCCUUGAUUAGACAGUGAAGGUGUUUCUUUAGUUUCCUUCAGUUUCUUUGGUUGCCUUUGACAUAGACCACAUUGUUGAAUCACAGAGAAAGGAUCAAAUACCAACAACAUUCCCUGAUGUAUGUAAGUUAAAUGAACAGAAGGUUUUUGAAAUAAAGGAAUAGGUCAAGGAUGA